ACCGACAAGAUGGCGGCGGGUGGGAGCGGCGGGCGCGCGUCGUGCCCGCCGGGGGUCGGCCCGGGAGCGGGGGGCGGCCCGGGGCCCAGCGCCAACGCCGCCCCGGCUCCCGGCAACGCGGCGGCCGCCGCCGCCGCUCCGGCCCCCGCCGCCCCCGGGCCGCCGCCGCCGGUGUCGGGGCCGGGCGCGCAGGCCGCGGCGGGCGGGGAGCGGGCGGCCGAGGAGCCGGGGGCGGCCGCGCUGCUGCGCGAGCCCGUCUACAACUGGCAGGCCACCAAGCCCACGGUGAAGGAGCGCUUCGCCUUCCUCUUCAACAACGAGGUGCUCUGCGACGUGCACUUCCUGGUGGGCAAGGGGCUCGGCGCGCAGCGCAUCCCGGCGCACAGGUUUGUGCUGGCCGUGGGCAGUGCUGUCUUUGAUGCCAUGUUCAAUGGAGGAAUGGCCACCACGUCCACUGAGAUCGAAUUGCCCGACGUGGAGCCAGCUGCCUUCCUAGCGCUGCUCAAGUUUCUGUACUCGGAUGAGGUGCAGAUCGGGCCUGAGACGGUCAUGACCACUCUGUACACCGCCAAGAAGUACGCGGUGCCGGCACUUGAGGCCCACUGCGUGGAGUUCCUGAAGAAGAAUCUGAGGGCUGACAAUGCGUUCAUGCUGCUCACGCAGGCGAGGCUCUUCGAUGAGCCGCAGCUCGCCAGCCUGUGCCUGGAGAACAUUGACAAGAACACGGCUGACGCCAUCACGGCGGAGGGCUUUACUGACAUUGACCUAGACACGCUGGUGGCCGUGCUGGAGCGGGACACCCUGGGCAUCCGGGAGGUGCGUCUGUUCAAUGCCGUGGUCCGCUGGUCCGAGGCUGAGUGUCAGCGGCAGCAGCUGCAGGUGACGCCUGAGAACAAGCGGAAGGUUCUGGGCAAGGCGCUGGCCCUCAUCCGCUUCCCGCUGAUGACCAUCGAGGAGUUUGCUGCAGGGCCCGCGCAGUCGGGCAUCCUCGUGGACCGCGAGGUGGUCAGCCUCUUCCUGCACUUCACCGUCAACCCCAAGCCCCGCGUGGACUUCAUUGAUCGGCCACGCUGCUGCCUCCGCGGGAAGGAGUGCAGCAUCAACCGCUUCCAGCAGGUGGAGAGCCGCUGGGGCUAUAGUGGCACGAGCGACCGCAUCAGGUUCUCCGUCAACAAGCGCAUCUUCGUGGUUGGCUUUGGACUUUAUGGCUCCAUCCACGGGCCCACGGAUUACCAAGUCAACAUCCAGAUCAUCCACACUGACAGCAACACAGUUCUGGGCCAGAACGACACAGGCUUCAGCUGUGAUGGCUCUGCCAGCACCUUCCGGGUCAUGUUUAAGGAGCCGGUGGAGGUUCUGCCCAACGUCAACUACACAGCAUGUGCCACGCUCAAGGGCCCUGACUCCCACUACGGCACCAAGGGCCUACGCAAGGUAACCCAUGAGUCGCCCACAACGGGGGCCAAGACGUGCUUCACCUUCUGCUAUGCGGCUGGGAACAACAACGGCACGUCUGUGGAGGAUGGUCAGAUCCCCGAGGUCAUCUUCUACACCUAGGCUGCCUGGCCCAGCACGUCCAAGGGGGGGUGCCAGGCCCCUGACCACCCAGCACAAGUAGGCCGUCCAACCCCGCUGUGCCCGGCACCCCACGUGCCGUGUGCUCCCUGCCAUGUUUCUGGGCACCGGCGAGCUGGCUGCCUGUUCUGACAAGCCCGGAGGUGGCGGGGUGGGCAGGCGGGUGGUGGGAGACAAUCCCUCAGGACUCGAGGGGCAGGGCUGGCCUGACCCCACCCUGAGCCGAGGGUCUACCCGCUGCCCCUGCAGCUCAGGGUUGCCAGACUGGCUGCCUGACCAUAGGAUUGGUGUAGGGUGUCGCCUCAUGUUUGUUUCAGCUGCACAUGGCAAUGCAUCUCGGAUCCCCAUUUCUCUGGUAGGAGACCACGUGCGGGGCCCUAGUACGUGGGUGGGAUCUUGUGUUCCUUCUGGUCUGUUCACCGGGGACAUUCAGGCCACCCUGACCCUCCCUGGGACACGGGCCUGAGCCCUUCUGAGGUCCUGCAGGCCAGCUUCCUGCCAGGCCUAGGCCCAGCCAGCGGGCCCCUGUGAAGGACCUUCCCUGUCCAGCCCCUCUGGACGCCCCUCCCAGCCCUACAGCCAUGGACACGGGAAGCAGCCCUGUCCACCUGGGAGGGGCAAUGCUGCGGGCCAGUCUUGGUGGCUGCGUCCUGGCUGGCCCACCUCCGGCCCCAGGUGGGCGCUCUGCUCAGAGGUGCUGGAGGGUGCAGCCCUUCCCCCACCCGCAGGUACUGCCCCUCCCACCCAUGUUCCCAUCUGGAGCCUGUGUCCUCCCCGAAGCCAUGGAAGGUGUGUUGUCACACCGCUCUCCCAAUUUUUUUUUUUAAAUAAAGGAAAGAAACAUACCAUCCCUGA